CAAAAUAUAAUAAAAAUAAUAACUUAAUCCCGCGCAAGGCGCGGAUCUUAUCCUAGUCGUAUUAUUAUUUUAAUUAUAUCGCAUCAAUUUUUCUGUCUAAUUCUUUUUUUGUUAGUUCUCUCAAUUUUAACCAGAAAAAUAACUAUGGACAACGUUGAAGAAAAUUUGUGUAGAAGAUAAUGACAACGAGAAAGAAACUAUGGAAUAUAUGCCAUUAUAUUAUUCUUAUACUCGAAGAUAUUAUUUUCCACUAUAAACUAUACGAUUGAAACAAUUAUGAACAAAAAUGGUCAUAGAUAUCUUUACAAUUUUUAAAAUAAUAUACAUAAAUAUGAUGGUGUUUAAAUUAUUAAAAUAUGUAUAUGUUCAAAUUUGUGCUAAAGUUUUUAGUCUUCAAAAUCUUAGGACUGGCUAUUUAAACAAAUAUAACAAAAUCAUACUCUAAAAAAUGCAGGAAACUAAAUCUAACUCGAUAUGUUUUUAUAAUUGCAAUUUCAUAUUAUUUUAUGAUGGAUCUAAAUGUGAAAAUAUAUUUGUAUUUUGUAUGCUUUCAUUUUCUAAUAAUGAUUUAAUGUUAAACAGAAUUACCCCAUUAGUCUAAUGUUCGUUUGCACUUUUAAUAAUGGGCUGAUCAAACAAUAUUAGGCCCAUAAAGUUUAGGCCUUACUUACAAUCACACGGUUUUGCCUCCACUUCCCCACACUCUCUCUCACCCACACACACAGACACACUCCACCGACACCAAUGUCUUCUCCGGCGACUCUCCCUGUCACCAACCAGCAAGCCACUCAACCCCACGCCUUCCGCACAUUCCUCUUCCUCGCAACUCGUUCGCCCGACUCCUUCUCCCGGAUCCGCAAGAACCUCUCCUACUUCAAAGUCAACUACUCCGCAAUCAUCUCCUUAGUCCUCGCCUUCUCCCUCCUCUCCCACCCUUUCUCUCUCCUCGUCCUCCUCUCUCUCCUCGCCGCGUGGAUGUUCCUCUACCUCUUCCGGUCUUCGGACCGGCCUCUGGUUGUGUUCGGACGUAGCUUCUCGGAUCGGGAGACGUUGCUUGGUCUUGUGGUGACGACGGUUGUGGUUGUGUUUAUGACGAGUGUUGGGUCUUUGUUGACUUCGGCGUUGACUGUUGGUGUGGCGUUUGUUUGCUUGCACGGUACGUUUAGGGUUCCGGAUGAUCUGUUCUUGGACGAGCAGGAGCCUGCUGCUAAUGCUGGGUUGCUCACGUUCAUUGGUAACUCUGAUGCUACAUCUGCUGCUGCUUCCUUUGUCGCGGGACGAGUUUGAGUUCAUUCAUAGUGGUGAACUCUGUUUAUGGGUUUAGGGUUUUGAGUGUAGAUUCGAUCUAAAGAUGUAACCUUUAUAUAAAUUUGAAACUCGGUUCUUGUUUGAGUUCUUUUGCAUUUAGAAAGCUUUUUACAGAUAAAGAUUGUUUUUGGUGAAAAGAGUUUAGAUUAGAGAUGAGGAAGAGAAUGAGAGAUUGUAGAUUCCAAAUUGCUGCAUUGUGUACUCAUACACAUUGUUAGGUGAUGUUGUUCUGUCUUA